AGGUGGUGGUUGGGCCAGCCGCUCUUGCUGCUUACGUUUUUGUCGUAGAAACCUAACGAGGAUCGCUCUCAGUUCGAAAGCUCAGAAGCAUCUGGAUUAGUUAUAACGCCCAGUCACCUCAAAGAGCUACUUUUAAAGAUGAGCAGUACGGGUGAUUAGGUAGUACCACGCGUCUGGGAACCGCGUGCCUAAGGACCACAAGAUAAUGGUGCUUAGCUACGACAAUGCGUCACUGUUGGCCAGUUACGGAAGAGCUGGUGCGCAAGCGGGCUGAGCACAAUGAAAAGGAGAUCUUCAGCCUGGAGGAGCUGUCGCUGCAUCAGUGUGACGUGGAACGGAUCCAGCAUCUGGACCGGUGGUGUCGACGUCUGCGCAUUCUCUACCUGCAGUCUAACCUUAUUGCCAAGAUAGAGAACGUUGGUCGGCUGAAGCAGCUGGAGUACCUGAACCUGGCCCUCAACAGCGUGGAGCGCGUGGAGAACCUGGAGGGCUGCGAGAGCCUGACCAAGCUGGACCUGACGCUCAACUUCAUCGGAGAGAUUACGUCUCUGGCCAGCCUCCGACACAACGCCGCCCUGCGCGAACUAUUCCUCACGGGCAACCCGUGCGCCGACUACGAGGGCUACCGCGCCUGGGUGGCCGUCGCCCUGCCGCAGCUGGAGGUGCUGGACGGCACGCGGAUCGAGCACUCGGAGCGGAUCCGGGCGCGCCAGGCGUUCGCCCGCAUCCAGGACGACAUCGUCCAACAGCAGAGGCGCUACCUAGAGAAAAGGAAGCAACAAAAAGAAGCUGUACGGGCAACGAAAGAUGCUUCAAAUUUGAAAGAUCUUAGUGAAGAAGAGCGAAAAAAGUUUUGGGCCGAGCGGACGCCGUACACGCCCGAGUCGCGGCUGGAGCUGCACCGCCACCUGGAGGCGUCGCGCGCCGCUCCGCCGCGGGACGAACGGCCCGCCUGGGAGGCGCCGGCCCGCCAGAGCCGCCUGUUCACCGACGACGGCCGGCCGCUCAACGUCAACAGUGCCGGCCUCAGCUUCUGGCUGGAGGAUGACGAGCCGGCCCACCAGCUGCGGCUCCACCUGGACGUGUUCAGACACAUGGAUACGUCUCUGCUGGAGGUGGACGUACAGCCGACGUACGUGUGCGUGCGGGUGCGGCAGCAGCCGUUCCAGCUGGUGCUGUCCGAGGAGGUGAAGCCGGACAGCAGUACUGUGCAGCGCUCCCAGGUCACCGGGCAGCUGCUGGUGACGAUGCCGAAGUUCGCGGAGCGGCCCGCUCUGGGGGUCCGGCGGCCUGGCCCACCUGCGGCUCGGCCACCGAAGCCGUCGGCCGGUCCAGAGCCAAGCCCGGUGCCGGAGGACGAGCAUCCGGAGGUGCCGCCGCUGGUCUGAGGCGACGGCCGGCCACCAGGCGGCGCCCAUCGCAGCCUGGGCCCACCGCUGGCGAUGGCGACCGUCGGUGUGUGCCUGACACCGGCCACGUGUCGGCCCCGGCCCCGGCUGCAGCCCCGUAUGCGGGCCGGGCCUGCGCGAACACGUCCAGUGCGACCGUUACGACACUGUGAAUCGCACUGGGACUCGCGCAGCCUCCAUUAAUGCACGCUCAUCUGGCCCUGCACUCUCGUCUUACGCCGCAUUCUCAUCUGGCCCUGUACUCUUGUCUCACGCCGCAUACUCCUCUGGCCCUGUACUCUUGUCUCACGCCGCAUACUCCUCUGGCCCUGUACUCUUGUCUCACGCCGCAUACUCCUCUGGCCCUGUACUCUUGUCUCACGCCGCAUACUCCUCUGGCCCUGUACUCUUGUCUCACGCCGCAUACUCCUCUCUC